AUGAACAGGAGAUUAAUUCUGCUGCUGCUGGUGGUGGCCGUGCUGGGAGUUCAGGGCAACAAGAAAAGCCAGAAUAACCGCAUUGGCCUAGACUGGAACCCCUCCUCCAUGCCCGCCAUGAACACCAGGCUGGUGUCAUUCAACAGUGGUAAAGGCAAAGAGCUUAACCUGGACUGCAGAGUUAAAGCUCAUCCCAAAGCUAGCAUCGCGUGGUUCAAAGAUGGAGCUCAGAUCCAGGAAAGCGACAGUAUAGAGAUGAAGAAGAAGUUUAACCUGGUUCUGAAAUCCCUGAGCAGUGACAUGAACGGCAACUACACCUGUGUGGUCAGUAACAAACACGGUCAGUUGGACUGGACAUUCCAUGUUGAUGUUCCAGUGAAAAUCUGGCCAUUAGAGAUCCAGGGACCACAAAACAUCACCCAGCCUCGGGGAUCAAGUGCCACCUUCACAUGUAUGGUUCUUAAUGACCCCAACGCCACCAUCAGAUGGCAGAAGGUUUUUAAAAUGAAAACUAUGGAUGACAAUGGGCCACUACCUGCGUUUUUGCCUGUAAGUGGCAACCCUCAUUUACUGACACUGAAUAACAUCCAAGCAGAGGAUGAAGGGGAGUACCGAUGUAUGGCCGGAAAUGUCUGGGGCCUCAGGUACAUUUCUGCCUGGCUGACUGUCCAAGAGCCUCCAGGUCUCUCUAACAAGUUAAAUCCUGAUGAAAAGAAUUACAAUGGAAACGACAUUGUUUACGACACCGAUGUCAACGAGUAUGAAAGCAUGGAUUCUCAUGAAUCUGCAGGCCCCUACAUUACAACCAAACGCCCCAAGAAUAAAGGCAAUCGCAAGAAACAUGGAAAGAAAAAGGACAGAAAAAACAAAGAGAAAAAUCAACUAGAAUUGUCUUCUCCACUUUCUCAAACAGUUACGACAUGGACGACAUCACCAAUAAUUGCAACAGAGGAUAUGUACAAAACAACAACUCCUGAAAUCUGGCCCUUAGAACAUGAAAAAAAUAUGGAAGAUAUCGACACAAGAAACACAAUGAUUGAGGAAGAUCAUAUGGAAGACGCAGAAAAUACAGAUGUUGCAAAACCUGCAGAAGAUGAACAAUUAAAAGGCAGCAUCAGCUCGUGGACUAUUUACACAAUUGUUGGGGCAAUUGGAGGCGUGGUUCUUCUGAUUGGACUGUUAGCUAUUACCCUCACUGUGUGCUUGAAGAAGGAUGAAGGUGGCAUCUACAAAUCAUCGAAUGUGUAA